AUGGCGUGGUCUUGGUAUCCUGGACGCUGCACCACCACUUUCACACAUUCAGAUGAGCCCAUUAUCCUCGAGACGAAAUCAGGCUUGAAGCGCGCCUUUCCCGAGCUCGUCAAAGACACCACUCCAGAUUGCUAUCUCAACCCCCUUCUAUUCAAUGGCCACCUUCAGACUGCUUGGACUGCAACGAAAGCCGAUGGCCCGCCCAUCUACUACAAGCGCCGUGUCUUUUCCGCAGAAGACUCCAAUUUCGCCGGGCAUUUCACUGUAGACUUUGCCACUCAACCCCCAGACGAUCCAGCGACAUACGAGGGACUGCAAGAAGAUCCGACAGGCAUUGGCCACCUCCGCUUUCCUCCAAGAACAUCCUAUUUCAGCGACAAAGAAUUCGACAACUUGGCAUCCGACGACACCAAGCCCCUUCUCAUCACACUCCACGGCCUGAGCGGGGGGUCUUAUGAAGUAUAUCUGCGACACGUCUUGGCCCCGUUGAUUGCGGAGACGCCAGAAGGUCGCAAAGCCGGCGGCCUCUCUGGCGGCAACUGGGAGGCUCUGGUCGUCAACAGUCGGGGAUGCGCUGGAUCGAAAAUCACCACAAGCGUGCUGUACAACGCUCGCGCCACUUGGGACGUUCGACAGGUUGUCAAGUGGGCGAGGAAGACGUGGCCCAAUCGACCAAUCUUUGGCAUCGGAUAUUCUCUCGGUGCCAAUAUCCUGACCAAUUAUGUGGGCGAGGAGGCCGACAAAUGCCUGCUGUCCGCCGCCGUCAUCGUUUCCAACCCUUGGAAUCUGGACGUGUCUUCAAAAACUCUGAAGCGAACGUGGAUUGGGCUGAAUGUGUACAGCAAGGCAAUGGGAGCAUCGCUGCGCAAGGUGUUUGAGAAGCAUCAGGAUGAGCUGUUGAAAAACACCAAUCUCAGCCUUGAAGACAUACAAAAGGUCAAGUAUCUGCACGAAUUCGAUCGGGAGGUGCAGUGUAAGACAUGGGGCUAUCCAACGGAAGACAGCUACUACAAAGACGCCAGCUCAGCCGACACGGUGCUGGCCGUCCGCAUUCCCACCCUCUGUCUGCAUGCCACGGACGAUCCCAUUGCCUCCGAUGAGGCGGUACCAUACUCGGAAAUCCGGCAGAAUCCAUACGUCGUGCUUUGCGCAACCAACGGUGGUGGCCACCUGAGUUGGUUUGAAUGGGGUGGUGGGCGAUGGCAUACCAGACCGGUGAGUACACUGAGCGCAUCGCAAUUCCCAUAG